AAGUGUUCGACUUGUGAUUUUGUGACACGAAAUCCAGCAUGUCUAUCUUGUUUGCUGUGUCAUACAAUAAUAAUAACAAUAAUAACACUAAUAAUAGAUGUGUGUUUCCAUCCCUCUCGGGACCCAAAGCGGCUGAGAAGGUCUGAACAUGAGGGAAACAAGAGAGCAGGUGGAUCCUAGAGACACAACGGGGCGGACAGAGGAAGGGACCCCACUGGGGAGACCUCCAAGCCCGUGAGGCGUCCCGUGGAGACCCGUCUUGGGCGGAGAGGAUUCUGGGAGUUGUAGUCCCCCCUCCUUCCCUCACAGCCCGAGGCAGGCCGGGCCCUCCGCCUCCCCCCCGGGCACCCCAGCGAGCGAGCGAGCCUCCCUCCCUGCCUCCCUCCCUCUCCCCACAGACCUCUCUCUCUCUCUCUCUCUCUCUCUCGGCCUCUCCGUCCUCUUCCCUCCGCCGCCUUCCUUCCCGCCUCACGAACACAGACCAGGCCUGAGGCGAGCCGGCCGCCAUCUUCUCCUUCGUCCUCCUUCCUCGGAGCCCGCCCUCGCCCCCUCCCUCCCUCCCAUUGGCUGAGCCCGGGAUGCCCCGCCCACCGGAGGCCCCCCAUUGGCUGCGUCCCGCUCAGCCCUCCUUUGACUGACGGGCCUUGUGUGGGCCUAUUGAGGCCUGUGAAGCCACGGACUGGGAGUUGUAGUUCGCCCUCAACCGGGGACACUGGGACCCCUACCCAGGAUGGGCCCGGACCGCCCUCGGCACACGGAGCCCCCAAGGACUUGAGAGUUCUCUGGAGCCACCCCUGCCGUGAUGGGAAACGAACCAGCUUCUAGUCGAUAUUAAGGCAUUUGGAAACCAAAGUGUAGUAAGGAAACCAGUCCUCUAGGAAAAAGGAUUCCUCUCAAGGGUCUGAUCUUGCUGAAUUCCUACAUUCACUUCAGAUUAUAGAGUAGAACCAUAGAGUCGGAAGAGACUGCAUGAGGCACCCAGUCCAGGCCUCUGCCGUGCAGGAAAAUCCAAAGUACCCCUGACAGAUGAGCAUCUGGCGUCUGUUUAAAAGAUUCCAGAGGAACCUCCACUACAUUUUGAGGCAGAGAGUUCCACCGCUGAACAGCUCUAACAGUCAGGAAGUUCUUAAUGUUCAGAUGGAAUCUACUUUCCUGUAAUUUGAACCCACUGCUGUGAGUAAUCAGAAAGGGAAAAACAAGAAUCAAGUGUUCUUAUUGGAAUUAAAUAUACAUAACACUGCUGACAUGGAGGAGAAAGCAUAUAAAUGUAUCGAUUGUGGAAAGAGCUUUAGUCAGCAUGGAAAGCUGAAGACACAUCAAAGGAUUCACACUGGGGAGAAACCCUAUAACUGCCUGGAGUGUGGACAGAGCUUCGCUGAUAGUUCAGGACUACGUUCCCAUCAAAGGACUCACACUGGGGAGAAACCCUAUAACUGCCUGGAGUGUGGACAGAGCUUUGCUCAUAGUUCAGGACUACGUUCCCAUCAAAGGACUCACACUGGGGAGAAACCCUAUAAAUGCCUGGAAUGUGAACAGACCUUCGCUCAGAUUUCAACUUUACAUUCACAUCAAAGAACUCACACUGGGGAGAAACCCUUUAAAUGCCUGGAGUGUGGACAGAGCUGCACUCACAGUUCAGACUUACGUUCACAUCAAAGGACUCACACUGGGGAGAAACCCUAUAAAUGCCUGGAGUGUGGACAGAGCUUCGCUCAAAGUGGAAACCUAAGUUCACAUCAAAGGACCCACACAGGGGAGAAACCCUAUAAAUGCCUGGAGUGUGGACAGAGCUUCGCUCGUAGUUCAGGUCUACGUUCACAUCAUAGGACUCACACUAGGGAGAAACCCAAUAACUGUCUGGAGUGUGGAAAGAGCUUUGCUCAUAGUUCAGGGCUACGUUUACAUCAAAGGACUCACACUGGGGAGAAGCCCUAUGAAUGCUUGGAGUGUGGACAGAGCUUCAGUGAUUGUUCAACUCUACGUAGACAUCAAAGGACUCACACUGGGGAGAAACCCUAUAACUGCCUGGAGUGUGGACAGAGCUUUGCUCAUAGUUCAGGACUACGUUCCCAUCAAAGGACUCACACUGGGGAGAAAACCUAUAAUUGCCUGGAGUGUGGACAGAGCUUUGCUCAUAGUUCAGGAUUACGUUCCCAUCAAAGGACUCACACUGGGGAGAAACCCUAUAAAUGCUUGGAGUGUGGACAGAGCUUCGCUCGUAGGGGAAAUCUAGUUUCACAUCAAAGGACUCACACAGGGGAGAAACCCUAUAACUGCUUGGAGUGUGGACAGAGCUUUACACAGAAGGGAAACUUACGUUCCCAUCAAAGGACUCACACUGGGGAGAAACCCUAUGAAUGCCUGGAGUGUGGACAGAGCUUCGCUCAGAUUGCAACUUUACAUUCACAUCAAAGAACUCACACUGGGGAGAAAACCUAUAAAUGCCUGGAAUGUGAACAGACCUUCGCUCAGAUUGCAACUUUACAUUCACAUCAAAGAACUCACACUGGGGAGAAACCCUUUAGAUGCCUGGAGUGUGGACUGAGCUUCACUCACAAUUCAGAGUUACGUUCACAUCAAAGGACUCACACUGGGGAGAAACCCUAUAAAUGCCUGGAGUGUGGACAGAGCUUCGCUCAAAGUGGAAACCUAAGUUCACAUCAAAGGACCCACAGUGGGGAGAAACCCUAUAAAUGUCUGGAGUGUGGACAGAGCUUCGCUCGUAGUUCAGGUCUACGUUCACAUCAUAGGACUCACAUGGGGUGAAACCGUAGAAAUGCAUGGUGUGUGGACAGAGCUUUUCACGGAAUAACAUUAUACAUAGACAUCAUAGAGUUCACCCUGGAGAGAAUGUUGUUAAUUGACACCAGAGUGUCAAAAGCAAGACUUGCAAAUUUUGGAAAUGCAAGCUCAGAGUUGUGACAUUUCAUCACAUGUGAUGUUUUGUAGAAAGAUCGAACUAAAAUGCCUUCCAUUCUGGAAGUAAUUAAGAUUAUAGGAAACUAUAGUUUUAUAUGUUGAGAAUGUUGGAUGAUCAAUUUCGAAUGAAAACAUGGAUAGUUACUGUGAGAUACUAAAAUAUGAAUUGACUAUACAGUGGACUUAUUGCGGACUCCCUGUUUCGCAGGAAAUUUAUUUAUUUAUUUAGCCCUCUGCUGCUGCUUCUCCUCCUCAGGGCUGCCUCCUUGCUUUGGCCCUGCCAUGCGGCUCUGGCUGCCUCUGCCAGGGAAGAAGGAACGUCGCUCUGGGAAGGAGGGAGGGAGGGCACAUGGCUGAGGGACGAGCCAGGCUUGGAGGGUGCCCCGCUGCUUGUUCCUAGCGAUCCUCUUCCUCUUCUCCCUCGGCAGCCUGACUCUCGAAGGAGAGGAGGAGGAAGAGGACAAGUCCCCUCCUCUUCCGAGUCCUCCACGUCUCGCGGCACGGCCGUCUGGAGCGGUGGCAGGAGAGGAGUGUGGCCGCCUCUUCCAGGCCCUUCCGCCACCACUGCCGCCCACCCUCCUUCGCUCCCUCACAGAGCGUCGUUCUUUCCCUGGCAGAGGCAACCAGAGCCACAAGGGGGCAGCCCUGAGGAGGAGGAGAAGCAGCAGCAAUGGGGUAAAUAAAAUAAUGUACUGUAUAAAUAUUAAAAUUAAAAUAUUGUUCCUACUUUGCGGAUCGUAAUCCCCGCGGUAAGUGAGGAAACACCACACAGGGAUGGAAGGAAUGUUUUAUUCCAAAGCAAAAAAGAAUGGCUUAUGAAGACCUGCAAAUUAGCCAAAACAAGAUGGGCAGAUGUCAGUUGUAAUAUUUAUUCAUUGGAAGAGUGUUAAUCGGAAAUAGAAGUGUGGUUAUAUUAUAUUAUCUAAAGGGAGUAGAAUAAUGAGAGAUAAAAAUUAACAGAUAGAAUGUGGCUUUUAGGCAUGUAUCCCUGUCUGUCUGUUAGUUCAGUUGUGUGUCUAUGUAGGUAAUUGUUUGUUAAUGUGCGUGUUUCUGAUUUAGUUUGUAUCUCAUGUAGUUAGUAGUUAGUUUAAUGUAGUUGAAACAUUAUAUAUAAUUUCUGCCUUUUUGUAUUCUUGCUUUUAAUCUCUUUUUUAUUUUUUAUUUGCAAAAAAAGAAGGGGAUUUAUAAGGGUCAAAACGGCUGAAACUGGAGGGGUUGGUAGACCUGGUUUUAGCCCAAAAUGGGGUUUAAUGUUUAAUUUAGGGCGCCUUUGAACAUCAUUCCCUUCCUCUGUGUUGGUGGCAUGGGUUUGGAUUCAAUUGUCUUGAUUCAGACAUUAUUAUUCCUAUUAUGCUUUAUACAACAUGUAUUCACUGCUUUGAUCACCAUUGAUUCUUUUUCACUGCCUUGUCUAUCCCGCAAACCCCUCCAGUGUGUUCUGUUGGUCAUCAGGGUUGUGUGUGCUAAGUUUGGUCCACAUCCGUCAUUGGUGGGCUUCCGAAUGCUCUCUGGAUGCAGGGUGAACUACAACUCCCACGUUCUGUGUUCCAAGUUUGGUCGUCAGCUUGUUUUGUUCUGAACCCAAAGGAUUGCUAUUCUUUUGAUGCCGAGUGUUCAGGGAAGAGUGAGGUCUGUUAGAUGAAUGAGGCUUUCAGAGACCACGUCUGGUCGCUUUGCUGGGAAAUCGUACAAACAUGUUCACACAAAUGGGAAGGUUAGAAGAUUUGGUUCAUGCAGAUUUUAAGUUAAUAACCUUUAAAAAUAGAAGAUAAAAUUUGGAAAGCACAGGAUGGUGGAGCAUCUGAGUUGGUUGAGCCUCAGUAACGGUGGAAGCCCAGUGAUUUUAUUUGAUCUAUCAUGUCAGAAACUAAUUGAGAGUACAGUUAUAAUGUAUUUUAAUAACACAAAGUUUUUGUUUUUUCGUGUCAGGAGCAACCUGAGUUGCUUCUGGAGUGAGAGAAUUGGCUGUCUGCAACGACGUUGCCCAGGGGACGUUGCCCGGAUGUUUUGACGUUUCACCAUCCUUGUGGGAGGCUUCUCUCAUUUCCCCGCAUGGAGCUGGAGCUGAUAGAGGGAGCUCAUCCGCACUCUCCCCAGAAGCGACUCAAGCUGCUCCUGACACGGAAAAUAAAAUAACACAAAGUUAAAACUUGGCAUGAUACUAGAUUUCCUUUGACUAGAAGGUGGCCGCUUGGAGUGCCUCUGGUGUCGCUGUGAGAAGGUCCCCUGUAACGGAAAGCCCUAUUUUAUUGGGGAUUUUUGUCUAUGUUAUGUAAUGUUGAUUCAGUGGUCAAGGUGGGCAGGAGUUGGCUACUGCUGAUUGGCUAUGUGUCACCAUGGUAACGUAGAAAUGCAACUAUUUCGAAGCUAGCACGAAAGGGGCGGAGCUAGCUGGAUGAAAAAGGAGGGAAUGUUUUAAAAAGAGUGAGUUAGUGAAGUUCUCUAGCCAGUGAGCUAGAAAGAAGAUGUCUGAAGUCAGUUAGGUUUAAGUUUCCAGUGAGAUAGAGCUGAGGAAAAGGAAUACUGUUGAGACAAAGUUCCAGUCAAGUGGUUGAUGUUACAGAAUGAAAGAUAUUAUCUAUAUGAUGUACAAAUGAAACGGAAGAAGUAAACCUUUGCAACCAGUUACGCUUUUUGGACUAAAGAAACCAUAAAUAAAUAAUUCUUUGUUUGUAAUAAA